GCAGUGCCUAUUUGUGGCGCAAUGUGUUUUCUCCUAAAAAACAUCAGAAGGGUGGAUUUUCCUUGAUCAGAUUUUCUAUCCUUCUGUUUGACUCUUUUACUGAGUCCCGUUCCCUCGUUUGACCAUCUGGGAGCCCAGUUCGCAAGUACAGCCAAGAUGAUGGCACCUUCACACUCUUUUCCACUUGCAUUCCUGUCCCUCAUUCUGCAUCAAACUUCUUGCGCCUUCGCUGCCCCAUGGAUAGUCACCAAAGUGUAUGAGCAAGAUGUCUACACCGAGGAUUACAUCUACCGAACCACAACAAGGACUAGCAUUGAUGAAAUCACGCCGACAGCAUCACCGAUGCCUGCCGCCCUUUCAACAACAACUUAUGUAACAAGCGACAGUUAUGACGAUGCUGUCACAGUUGUUCAAGUUCUGUAUCCAUCUGGUGCAGGGAUCGAGUCGACCUACAAGUACUACAAUUACCAAGACUCAAAUAUCAUCACGCAGUACUAUGUGAACAUGGUACUCACAGCGCCAACAUCCUGCUCUUCGCAGUGGACCGUGACCACUGCGGUUCCGGUCUAUGUUCCCAACGCUAUUGAAGACGCUUUGCUUGCGACGUCCAUGUCAACGAGCUACUCCGUGGACGAUAGCCAACCCUUUCAACCAACCACAUACACCAGGGCUCUUGCAUUCAUUGAUCCUACACAAGUGCCCGCAUCGAGUCUGAGCAGGCUCAGUAACUCCUACCAGCACACCAUGUACCGAGAGUACGGGUGCUAUGACAGCGGCACCGAUAGCGGUAGCAGCUACUCGAACUAUGAUAGUAGUGACGGCGGCAGCUGGCUCUACGACCGCUAUUAUUACGGGGUUAUCUCUCCCCUCGGUAUUCUGCUUGUCUGCCUUCUGGGAUGGUUCGGACUAUGGCUCAUUAUCGGCCUCAUCGAGAAUUGGUUUCAGUUUCGACGCUUGAUGAGGGGUUGGCAGGCUCGCCGAGGAUUCCCAAUUUCUUGGUGCAUGCUCGCCCCUAUUGUCUCCUGUCUGCUCCUUCUGUUCUGCCGCAAAGGCUUUCAGGCUCGUACUUCCGAGGAGGCGCAGGUGCUUCAAGAGAAAUGGGAGCAAAUGGGAUUCUGGAGGAAAGUCGGCCUGUGGCUUCGGUGGGGUUUCGGAUUCAGUUAUCCACCUAUGCUGGGUCCUGCUCCAGUCAAGGUUGGAAGGCCCUCCAAGCGACCUGUUGCUGCCACCGCUCCUCUCCUUGGCGUAUCCCCGCCACGGAGUGUCAUGUCAGAUGUCCAUUCCGAUUCGGGAAGCAAUCGCGGAGACAGUGCUGCCCCUGGUCCAGCAAUGGCCUAUAUUCCGACGCCAGGCCAGACGCUGCAAGUCCCACCUUCAAUACCACCAAACAGACAAGCCCGACAACAACCAGCGCCCAUUCAGCCCAUACCUGAAGUUCCUUCAACGACUAGCGGUGCGCUUCCCGCUGAUCCUAACACACAUGCAACAGAAACGUCUAGUGAGCCCCGGACUUCAUAGUCUGACAUGUGUGACAUGCUGUAUAUUUUCUGGACGGGGAGUGAACGACGAAUAUUCUGCUAUAUCUGACGACCAUGUCUGGCGAGCUAGACACAUGACCCCUGGAUAAAAGUCACUCUCACCUUCCCUUGCUGACGUCCAAAAUAUAAAAGUCCCCUGUCAGGCUGCGACGGUCAUUAGGACGUUACGUACAACGAUAUGUAAUAUAAUAAUAUAAGAGGAUACUUGAGAGUGUUGACAAUACGUUCUUUCCGAAUUAGAAACGGGGGGAGUGGGAAGUACUACAUUAUUAUUGUUAUUAUUUCACAGGUGACA